AAGCAUAAAACAUAAAGCCAACUCACAGUCAUAGGAAGCUAUCUACCCUGGUUCGAAAAUCACCUUCUCUCUUCUCUUCUUUCUUUCUCUCUAAAAUGUGACUUUGCUGUUCUUGUACGUGUGUUUGAGCCUAAACAGUACGGAUACUUGAGGAAAGGAACAAAUAUAGAAGUGUCCAAUGCGUACCAACAAUAACCUUUCCUCUCUCUAAAAAAACAAUUCUCAAAACACUACUCUCACUGUCUGUUCUCUACUUCUCCACUCACAUAUCUGUGCUGUGUGUGUGAACCACCACCUAUCCAACCAGGAUGAGUAAACAAGACAUGCUCAAAGUUCAGAAUUGCCUUCUCAAGGUGAAUAUCCACUGCGAUGGCUGUGAACAGAAAGUAAAGAAAAUCCUGCAGAAAAUUGAUGGAGUGUAUUCCGUGAACAUAGAUGCGGAGCGAGGGAAGGUAAUGGUGUCAGGGCACAUAGAUCCAGCGAAGCUGAUAAAAAAGCUGAAGAGGUCAGGGAAGCAUGCCGAAGUUUGGGGUGGGCAGAGAGGCAUGAUGUACAACCAAAACUACCCCACCUACCCUCAGUUCAAGAACUUGCACAUAGAUAACACCAAAGGAGGCAAGGACAACAAGUCUCACAAUCACAAGGGUGGUGCUCCUCAGAAAGGUGGAGGAGGCGGAGGCGGAGGCGGUGGAGGUGGUGGUCAACUAGCACACUUCCAAAAUAUGAAGGAAGGGUCAAAAGUACCCCCCAAGAAUCAGAAAUCUGUCAACUUCAACUUAUCAGAGGAUGAACUUGAUGAAAGAGAUGAAGAUUUUGAUGAAUUUGAUGAUGACUACGAUGAGUUUGAAGACGAUUAUGAUGAUUUUGACGAAGAGGAUGAGGAGGAACUGUAUGGACACGGCCAUGGUAAUGGCCAUGGCCGGGGGCAGGGACAGGGGCAUCCUAUGCAACACAACAAGAUGAUGAGCCAGAUGGGCCAGAUGGGCCAGAUGGGGAACGGGCGUGGGCCUCAUGGGCCUGGCGGAAUGAUGAAUGGGCCUGGGAUGAACAGCCAUAAAGGGAAUGGGGGUGGGAAUUUUGGGAGUGUGAAGAAGGGUGAGGUCAUCGAUCUACCCAUACAGAUGAAAGGCAAAGGUGGAAACUUCAACGAGGGUAAAAAUGGAAAUGGAGGGAAAAAAGGCAAUGGAGAUGGUGGUCAAAAGAACAAAGGUGGAAAGCAAAAGGGUGGUGGCGGUGGGGGAGAUAACAAUCAUAACCAUGGUAACAAGAAAAAGAGCUCCAAAGCCAAAAAUGGUGGUGGCUUCCUUGUUCGGUUUCUCGGCCUUGGGAAAAAGAACAAGAAGGGAGGAGGUUCGGCCGACACAACAGCAACCAAGAAUAAAGACAACAGAGGUGGAAACAACAACAGCAGCGGCAAAGGAAAGAAAAACGGAGGAGGUAAAAUGGACAAAAUUGACUUUGACUUUCAAGAUUUCGAUAUCUCUCCCCAAGGUAAAAAUGGCAAGGGCAGCAAUAAUGGUAAAAACAGUAAUGGCAAGGGUCACGGUGCCAAUAAUGGUAAUGUGGGUCACAUGGGUCCAAUGAGUCACCAGAUGGGCCCCAUGGGUCAGCGAGGCCCAACGAAUCAGAUGGGUCAAAUGGACCAUAUGAGGAACAUGAACAUGAACAUCCCGGCGGUGCAAGGAUUACCGGCAGCGGCAGCCGCGGCGGCGAUGAACGGUGGCUACUAUCAAGGGAUGCAAGGGAUGCCGAUGCAUAUGCAACAGCAAAACCCUUACAGCAUCCAACAACAGCAGCAACAACAACAAUUGAUGGCCAUGAUGAUGAACCAACAGCAGCAGCAGCAAGCGAACAUGGGUAUGUACCCACCGCAUAUGAUGUACGGAAGGGCACCGUCGAUGAACUACUUUCCACCGCCACCAAUGCCGUCACACCCGAUGGCGGAUCCUAUGACGCAUGUUUUCAGCGACGAGAACACGGAGAGCUGCAGCAUAAUGUAAAUUAUUAGUGGUGACUAGUUUGUUUUAAUUAGGUUUCUUUGUAUUUGUUUGUAGUAUUUUGUUUGGGGGGUUCAUUAAAUUUUGUCCUAGUGCUAGAAAACUGUGCAACAUUUUUAGGAGUACUAGAGAUAUCAUGUGUUGUUUGUUUUGUUU